AUGAGUGUUCAACAGGCAGAUUGGGCAUCUCUUCCAGGAGACAUUAUGGAUACUAUUUUGAAGAAGUUGGGAUCGUUUGAUGAAUACUUCCGCGUCGGCCGGGUAUGUAUGUCGUGGUUUUCUUUUGUCAAGGAUCAUACAGAGUUUAAGGAGUUAUCGCGCAAACAAGCUCCGUUAUUAGUGAUUCCAGCGAUAAAUAAUCGUCGAGAUAGACGUAAUUUGUACAGUGUGAUAGAUGGCAAGACUUAUGGUGUGCAAGUAAUUUUGCGCUACAAUAGAAGAUGUGUCGGCUCUAGCCAUGGAUGGUUGGCGACCGUGGGAAGAAAGAUGGUUAUAACCCUCACGAAUCCAUUCUCGCAAAGACAAAUUCGUCUUCCUCCGAUAUUCAAUCCUCCCAAGGGAGACAUCACAAAAGGCAAUCCUCAUUGCUUUUAUUUGUGGGUUUAUAAAGUUAUUAUGUCUGAUGAUCCAGAUCUGUGUCCGGAAAAUUGUGUGGUGGGAGCGAUUUACAGUGGGUUUGCUAGAUUAGCAUUUAUCAAGUUGGGUGAUGAAUGUUGGACUUACGUGGACAUGAAUCUCACAUUAUUUACCGAUAUUAUAUUUUCUCGCAAAUUAUUGCAUGCAGUUGACAGAUAUGGAAAGCUCAUAUCUGUCGACCUUAGUAUCGACUCAUAUGUCGGGGAAAAUGAAGUAGAAGUCAUUGUGCCGCGUUGUAUGCCAAGGCAGUCAGAUUUUGCAUACAUCGUCGAAUCGCGCAACGGAAACAUACUUAUGGUUCGAAGAUUUCUGGUGAAGCAACCGGAGCACAAGGAUCUUUACCUUACCAGAGAAAUUAGGGUUUUCAAGCUUAAAAGGAAUUCAAGCGCGCGCUCAGGGUGGAUUGAGGUUAAGAACCUGGACGGGGAGUCCUUAUUUGUCGGAGAUAGUCAUUCGACAUCACUUUCUUCUUCAGAAAUUCCCGGGGUGAAGCCGAACUGCAUCUAUUAUACGGAUGAUUACUUCCACGAUGGACACUAUCACUACAAAGAAGAUGGACCUCUGGAUAUGGGAGUGUUCGAUAUGGACAAUGGAAGCUUCGGAUCACAUUACGUUCUGGAUCCUUCUCAGAAGCAAUUUCCUCCUGCAAUAUUCAUUACGCCGAGUUUCUCACAUAAUUUUCCUUAG